GCGAUGGAACGGUGGAAAGGCAGAGUGGCCCUGGUGACCGGAGCCUCAGUGGGCAUCGGGGCGGCUGUAGCCCGGGCACUCGUCCAACAGGGCAUGAGGGUGGUCGGCUGUGCCAGGAAUGUCGACAAAAUCGAGAAGCUGGCAGCAGAAUGUCAGAGCGCAGGAUACAGCGGCACACUGAUCCCGUACAAGUGUGACCUUUCUAAUGAGGAAGAGAUCCUCUCCAUGUUUUCAGCCAUCAAGACGCUCCACAAAGGCGUGGACGUGUGCAUCAACAACGCUGGGCUGGCCCACAAUGAGCCCCUGCUCAGUGGGAAAACAGAAGGCUGGAGGAAUAUGAUCGACGUGAAUGUCCUAGCCUUGUCCAUCUGCACCCGGGAAGCUUACAAAUCAAUGAAGGAGAGGAAUGUGAAUGACGGUCACAUUAUCAAUAUCAACAGUAUGAGUGGGCAUCGGAUAAUACCAAGUGCUGACACGCAUUUCUACUCUGCCACCAAAUAUGCGGUGACCGCUCUGACUGAGGGAAUAAGGCAAGAACUAAGGGAAGCCAACACCCACAUUAGAGCCACUUGUAUAUCCCCUGGAAUAGUGGAGACUGAAUUUGCCUUCCGUCUCCACAACAAUGAUCCAGAGAAAGCUGCCGCAGUGUACGAGAGUAUGAAAUGUUUAAAAGCUGAAGACAUAGCAAGUGCAGUCACAUUUGUCCUCAGUGCCCCUCCUCAUGUUCAGAUUGGAGAUGUUCAGAUGAGGCCAGUUGAGCAGGUGUCCUAG